AUGUCUUCCCUUCCAAGUUCAAAUUAUCUAGUUUCUCCAACUGUUAGUAGAAGAAGAGGAAGCAGCCACAAAAGAUCAAUGUCGGCUGACUUUGAUGCUAUAGGUCUAGGAAUAGGUUUGGGGUUUGGCAACUCUCCUCGUUCCCAACAACAACAGCAACAGUCUCAACAAUCUCCUCAAACUCCUCCUCGACCACCACCAACGUUAUUUUCCAUGCAAGAUGAUUUGGACAAGGAUUUUUCAUUCCCAAAUUUCAAAGACCCAACUAGCACGCCUCCUCCCCCACCACCAUUUAAAUUCAAUCAGUUCCAUCGUCCUUCUAAGUCAUUGAACUCUCCUAUUAGAUUCCAAAGAACAGAUAGUUCAAUCAAGGAAAUAGAUGAAGAUGAGGAUGUUGACGAUGAUGUUGACUUGGUGGAUGACGAUGCAUCCUCGUAUUCCUUUUUUGCUACACCAAGAUCUGCUGCAAAUGCUAAUAGAUAUCAUAGAAUUAUUUCAAACGUUAAUGGCGUUGAAAGAGCAGUUACUCCACCAACCGCCUUGACCACUCCCGAGAUUGUUGUCACAAAUGAUGGUGGUGGUGUGGAUAACAAAGAGUUAUAUAUGGUGGCAAGUUCUGAUAGCAGUUUACCGGAAAGAAACAAACCAGGAAUCGUGACCAACAAAAUGUCAUCAUCUUCAUUGUCAAAAGAAAUUCCAUUAUCACCAACUAAUACCCAACGACAUACUUCGGAUUCCCCAACGCCAAAUCCGAUCAUACGUAAUAGUGGUGAUGUCCCCAAGUUAUCCAAUAAUGACAUUCCUGUUUUGAAUGCAGCCCCAUCAAGGUCUUCAACUAGUACACCACCAUUGAAAUCCACCACUGAUUUACCAUCUCCAAGAAGACCUGAAUCACCAGCAGAAAGAAAGAUUCUUAAAGAUACAAAAAUUCCAGCAUUUAAGAAUGCAAAAUCGCUUACCCAACCAUCGUCUUCAUCAUCCUUAUCGACUGCUAGAACAGCAGCAACAUCAUCUACAGGUGCACAAUCUAUUAAUACCGCAACGACUGCAUCUCCUUAUCAUUUGAGUAGAAAUGAAUUUAAGCAUAGAGGAUUUUUACAAAGAAGAGGAUCAAAUUCAACCGAUACUUCAUCUAUUAGUUCAAUCAAAUCAAAAUUGAAAAGAAGUUCAAGAAUUUUUGACUGGCUCAGAAAGAAGUGA